AAAAAAAAAGCUUUCACCAUUUAAAGUAUUUUCUUUCCACACCUAUUCCUAAACAACAACUUUAUUAAAAUAAUCAAAUUUCUCUUUAUUUGCCUGCUUACAUGCCAUCCACUUUUUUUUUUAUUAUCAAUGUGGUUUCGGCCAGGUGAUGAAGUCUUCGUAAACUUGCCAGGACCGCUUCCAUUUUCACUUAAAGCUGCAUAGAUUCCCUUCUCUUUCUGUUUUUUUUUGUUUUUUGUUUUUUUCAAUUGCUCCUAAGAAUGUUUAUAUACAGGCAUGCCGAAACACGUAGCCUAGAUACAUUGGUAUAUAAACCACUAAUGAAUGCUAUCAUUGAUAAUAUGAAUGAAAUGAACCACUGCCACCACAUCACAGAAGACUCAAACACAGGAAUUGGUCUCCCUCUUGUGGACAAAUUCAAUAUUUCGCAGACAAAGGUAAAAUCAAAAGCAUAUGGUGCCAUGUGAGCAUUGACAUAGGCUAUGUGACACUAAAGGGAUGCCUUCAGGACACCUUCUAUACUGAGAUAAUAUAUAUUUUUUUUAAGUAAUCUGGGAUUCCCUCUCUCCUCUGGAACAAGGUGCAAGUUUUCAUUCUUUAGCACUUAUCAGUUCAUAAGCAUUUAACCAGCCUUAACAUUAACCUGAAAAACUUAAUUCCAAGAAAUUAGACCACCAGAGCCUCAAAUUGUUCUGAAGUUUCACUCCACUUUUUGUGCUCUUCAUUAGCCUACUUAAUUGCUGAUAGUUGUGCAUGUAGCCUAUACGAGCAGCCGAAACAAUUAAAAGGCACACAGCUUCUUGAUUGUGUUUUAGGUUUUCUUGGAUGAGCUUUAAACAAAAGUGAAGAGAGAGACAAAAAAAAUGUCUGGACAAACUUUGUUCUCAUUUUUAAGUGUUGCAACAGUGCUUUGACACAAACAAAGUGCUUGGUUCCAAAAAAAAAUACAAUUCUUUUUGUGUACCAACAAAAGAUGGUGGGCUACUUAAAAAUAAUUAAGUUAAUAUGGCUCAAUACGAGUCUAUUGCACAGCAUAGCUCAUGGUAUGACUAUUAAACAUCUUCACAGCAUAUAGGCCUAUAGCUUUCAUUUUUUUAAACAGUUGAAGGCGUAAGAAGGGCUUUAAACUACAUUUAAGUGUAGCUGUUAGAUUAGCAUAUGAUUAGGGUAUUUGUGGACACAAUACCAAACACACAGACAUGCUCACACAAAAGCACACAGCAGCUGACGCCUGUACGUUCACGAGUGGCUAAUAAUGUUGCGUUCAGGACCGCGGGGCUUCAUGGUAAUUACUCUGCUUCAAUGGGUUUAACCAUGAGCCUCUAACCCGUGACGGUCAUGAGGGUUUUCUGCCCUUCUCUGCUCGCCGGCACACUGAGGAAAGGUAUUUGAGGAUUGAAGUAACACAGAGCUCUAAGGACCCAGUCUAUGUGAGAAGGCAUCCCAACCAGAGGAACUGUAUUCUUCAAUCUAAUUAUCUAAUUUGCUUCAUGCGGUGUAAUCAUACACACGGGAUGCCUCGUGGAGACUUCAACAUUUAUUUUGCCAGCAGCAGACGAGGAGAACAUGUCAGAGCUGAGGAGGCAGUGGGCAUCGUUCUGCUGGUGGUCAUCAUUGCAGCUCUCCUCAUCCUGGGCUGCUGGUACUUUAAGAAGAGAAGUGGAUACAAAAUCAUCAGGACCCCUAGAUCAGGGUCACCAGGAUUCACAGGAGUUCAAUUCUCAGAGGCAGGACCUUCUGCAGAAAACAAGAUGGCUCUAACAAACUUUGGCAGCUUCCAACCUCCGAUUCCUAAUGCUCCUCCAGCCUAUGAAAAGGUUUCUUCAGUACCGCUGCCUCCACCCUAUACCCCCUGAUGGACUUCUGCAGAAGACUGACAAAUGUCGGAAGAUGGAAAAAUACUGGAGAACAAACUCUUAAAUUUCAUCUAUUGUCUGUUGGUAUAUAAUCUGAUGCCACUUUCAUUAUGGUUUCUUAUGCUUUGUAGCUAAAUAUACCAAUAACAGAAAGUAUUGUAUCCCUCACUUUGUAAAAUUAUUCAAAUGAAUGAGCACAAUGUAUAUAUAGUAGGAUGUUUCACUAAGCAAUAAAACAUGAUUUCACUGGAGUCUCUGUACAAGGAAGCAAUUCAAACUCAAUUGUUGGGGACAGUCGCAUUGUUUAUUUCCAUGCAGUAAUGUCCACAUUUGUUCAAUGAAAAUGUACCUAGUAAAUACUUUUGAAAAAUCUAUAUGGUAAAAAUAAAUAAAUGUGACUUCAAAACAUUUUA